AUGGCACUGUCUACUCUUGACAUCAGACUAGAUGAACAAGAAGUGGUUAGUAUUAUUGGAGGCCUUGGUGAGACGUUUUGCUGCCGAGGGGAUAUAGCAAAAUGCAACACAAUUUCAUACAUGACAGGAAGAACAAUCAUGAGGACUGCUGAUAAAGAAAUGAUGGAUAUGGUACUUUCAGAAAACCAGCAUGAAAUGGUGGGAAUUGUGUUUAAUGAUACUUUUUCAUAUCAGCCGAAGUUUAUUUGGGGAUAUGAAAUCCCAAAUAUGGAAGAAAACUCUAAACACGCAGAACACUGUUGGGAUUCUGAUGAUAAAAUUUUUUGUUACAUGACAACAUACUGGCAAAAUGGGUUUGUGGCAUUUCAAACUGCAAUUAAUGCUGCAAUUAUAGAAGUAAGUAUGAACCAUGAGAGACAAUGGAUAGAACAGCUGACUUCAGUUAUUGGAAUCAAUAUGAGGAUGCUGCCUUUCAUUUCUAACGGAGAAAUCAUAAAUACAUGGUUUACUUUUAUUUGUAUGGUUUAUUUCUCCCAUGUUGUGUAUCUCCCUUCAUUAAAUGUUACACGGGAAAGAAAAAAGUUUAAGAAACUGAUGACAGUGUUGGGUCUCCGAGAGUCAGCAUUCUGGCUCUCCUGGGGAUUAAUGUAUGCUGGCUUCGUAUUUAUCCUGUCGAUUUUUAUGGCUCUGAUCAUAACAUCUAUCCAAAUUGUAGUAAUUGUUGGCUUCAUGGUGAUAUUCACACUCUUUGUCUUAUAUGGCCUGUCUUUGAUAGCAUUGACUUUCCUCCUGAGUGUGCUGAUAAAGGAACCUAUGCUUACUGGUUUGGUUGGGUUUCUCUUCACUGUAUUUUGGGGAUGUCUGGGAUUCACUGUAUUGUACAGACAACUUCCUUCAUCUUUGAGAUGGACUUUAGGUCUUUUUAGCCCCUUUGCCUUCACUGCUGGAAUGGCCCAGAUUUUUCACAUGGAUUAUUACCUGAUCGGUGUUAUUUUUCCCAGUCCGUCUGGAGAGUCAUACAUAAUGAUGGUUACUUUCUUCAUUCUGGCACUUGAUUCUCUUCUCUAUUUGAUAUCAGUGUUAUAUUUUGAGCGAGUUUUGCCUGAUGAAGAUGGCCGCCAGCAUUCAGCGUUGUUUUUCUUGAAGUCUUCAUUUUGGUUGCAACAUCAAAACACUCACUAUGAAGUCUUUGAGGACAAAAUAAAUCCUGAGCAUUCCUCUGAUGACUCUUUUGAACCAGUGCCUCCAGAGUUCCAUGGAAAGGAAGCUAUCAGAAUCAGAAAUGUUACAAAAGAAUAUUAUGGAAAGCCUGAAAAAGUAGAAGCAUUGCAAGGCAUAUUUCUUGACAUAUAUGAAGGACAGGUCACUGCAAUACUUGGACACAGCAGAGCUGGUAAAUCGACACUGCUAAACAUUCUGAGUGGGUUGUCUGGUUCUACAAAAGGAUCAGUCACUAUUUAUAAUACUCAACUCUCUGAAAUAACUAACAUGGAAGAAAUGAGAAAGAACACUGGAUUUUGUCCACAAUUCAAUAUUCAAUUUGACUUUCUUACUGUGAGAGAAAACCUCAGGCUAUUUGCUAAAAUAAAAGGGAUUCAGUCAGAAGAAGUAGAACAAGAUGUAAAAAGAGUUAUAAUGGAAUUGGACAUACAAAACAUUCAAGAUGUUAUUGCUAAAAAACUAAGUGGUGGACAGAAGAGAAAACUAACAUUUGGGAUUGCCAUUUUAGGAGAUCCUCGGGUUUUGCUCCUGGAUGAACCGACUGCUGGGUUGGAUCCUUUUUCAAGGCACCAACUUUGCACCUUCCUGCAGGAGCAUAAAACAAACCACACAAUCCUUCUUAGUACCCAGAUCAUGGAUGAGGCUUACAUCGUGGCUGAUAGGGAAGUGUUUGCGUCUAAUGGGAAGUUGAAAUGUGCAGGGUCAUCUUUGUUUCUGAAGCAAAAAUGGGGUAUUGGAUAUCACUUAAGUUUACACAGGAAUGAAAUGUGUAAUCUAGAAAGAAUUACAUCCCUCAAUAGACAGCACAUCCCUGAUGCCAAGUUAGCAGCAGAAAGUGAAGAAAAACUUGUGUACAUUUUGCCCUUGGAAAGAACAAACAAAUUUCCAGAUCUUUACAGUGACCUUGAAAAGUGUCCCGACCAAGGCGUAAUGAAUUAUGGUGUUUCCAUGACAACUCUCAAUGAAGUCUUUGUGAACCUAGAAGGCAAAUUAACAAUUGAUGAGCCUGAUUUUGGCAUUCAGAAAGAGGAGAAAGUCAAUGAGACAAGAGAUACUGGAACUGAGUCUGAAAUGCAACAGGCUCCUUGUUCUCUUCCUGGAUUGAGAAAGGUCAUUAGUACUGGAACUCUCUGGAAACAGCAGGUCUGUGCCAUGGCAAAGCUUCGCUUCUUAAAGUUAAGGCAUGAAAGGAAAAUUCUUUUGUCCUUGUUACUGAUACUCGGUAUUCCUUUUACCCCCAUCAUUUUUGAGAAGAUAGUGGAUGUGGUAUCUAAUUACACUCAUCGUUGGGAGCUUUUAUCCAGUAUGUAUUUCCUUUCUCUGAAACGACCCUCACAGGCUCCUCUUACCAGUCUGUUGGUCAUCAAUAAUACAGGAUCAAAUAUUGAAGACUUUGUGCAGGCACUGAAGCAUCAGGAUAUAUUUUUAGAAGUUGGUGACUUUAGAAAUAGAAAUGGCUCAGAUGAUCCUUCCUACAAUGGAGCCAUCAUAAUGUCUGGUGACUGGAAGGAUUACAAAUUUUCAGUUGCAUGUAAUACCAAGAGAAUGACUUGUUUUCCUGUUCUUAUGGGAAUUAUUAGCAGUGCCCUUCUUGGAAUUUUUAAUUUUACAGAGCUUAUUAAAACAGAGCGAAGCACAUUGCCUUUUAAUGUCUUAAUGGUGGACUUUGGUUCUUUGAAUGGACCCUUAUUUCUCUUGGUCCUUGCAAACUGCAUUUCUCCUUACGCUGGCAUGAGCAGCAUCAGGGAUUGCAAACAAAAAACUUGGUCUCAGUUAUGGAUUUCAGGCCUGUGUCCUUCAGCAUACUGGACUGGACAGGCUUUGGUGGACAUUCCGUUACACUGCUUGAUUCUUCUUUCAAUAUAUUUAAUUAACUACUUCAUGAUUUUGGACCUCAACUUUUCACUGGGACUCAUGUUUGCUCUUGUGGUUUACAUAGUUGGUUGUUCAGCUUCUCUUAUAUUCUUCACAUACAUGAUUUCAUUCAUCUUUUGCAACAGGAGAAAGAAUAGUGGCUUUUGGUCUCUUGGCUUUCUUAUUGUAAGUAUCUGUCCAUGUAGAAUGCCACAAAUACAACCAGUUGGAGAACUCAGCAUGCCAGCAGAAAUCCUAAAGACUUCAGGACUCUCUUCCAACAUGGCCCAAGACAACUCUCCAAACAAGACCAUAACAAUGAAUCAGAGACGCAGCCGCACCAAAUUCACAGAAGAUCAAUUGAAAAUCCUCAUGAAGGCAUUUCAUCAAAAUCCUUACCCAGGUUAUGCUACCAAACAAAGACUCGCUUUAGAAAUCAACACUGAUGAGUCCAGAAUCCAGAUUUGGUUUCAGAAUCGAAGAGCUAGGCACCAGUGCCAGAAAAAAUCAGAACCCGAUGAGGACUUAGAAUCAAGUCAAGACCAAGAUCACUCUGCAGAGGAGAUUCAAAGUAGAGAAGACAGACGGUGUCAUACCAGCUACACUUCUUCGCAAUUACACACCCUCAUCGAGGCAUUUAUGAACAACCCUUAUCCUGGCAUUGAUACCAGAGAGCAACUUGCUAAAGAAAUUGGCAUUCCAGAGUCAAGAAUCUCAUUACUUUUACUCAACUUCCUAUCAUCAGCUGAAUUUGAAAAACCCAGUUUAAUUUUAUGCAUGAUUUCAAUGCCUUUCUACACUUUAAUUGGAUUUUUCAUGUUUUUAGUAAAGCUAUCCCAUAUAUAUAUGAAACACUUGGAAGGUCUGGAUAAUGAAAUCAAGGAAGGCCAUGAAAGCAUUCUCUUAACAGUCUUAAUCCCAUACCUUCAGAGUAGCAUUUUCCUUUUUGUUAUAAGGUGUCUGGAAAUGAAGUAUGUAAAAGAAACAAUGAGAAAAGAUCCAGUUUUCAGGAUCUCCUCAAGAAGUAGGGAAAAUCAUCCAAAUCCAGAAGAGCCAGAAGAAGAAGAUGUUCAAGCUGAAAGAGUGAACACAACAGAUGCACUCACUACUCUGAACCUGAAUGAGGAAAAUCAUGUUUUGCCAGUCAUAAUGGCAAGCUGUUUACACAAGGAAUAAAGAAAAGAAAGUUGCUUUUCAACAAGAAAGAAGAAAAUAGCCUUAAGAAAUGUCUCCUGUGUUAAAAAAGGUGAAGUUUUGGGGUUGUUGGAACACAGUGGAGCUGGUAAAAGUACUUCUGUUAAAAUAUUAACAGGAGACACAAAGCCAACUGCAGGAGUGGUGGUUUUGCAAGGCUGCAGAACAUCACUGAGGCAAGUGGAAGAUGACACCCUCAAGUGUUUGGGGUACUGUCCUCAGGAAAACUCACUGUGGCCCAGUCUUAUGGUGCAGGAACACCUGGAGUUGCACACCGCAGUGAAAGGAGUAGGCAAACAGGAUGUUGCUCUUAGUACUUCAUGAUUGGUGGAAGCUCUCAAGCUCCAGGAACAACUUGAAAUUCCCACGAAGUCCUUAUCUGAGGGAGUAAAGAGGAAGCUGUGCUUGGCGCUGAGCAUCCUGCGAGACCCGUCAGUGGUGAUUCUGGACGAGCUGUCCACGGGGGUGGACCCCGAGGGAUAGUAGCAAAUGUGGCAGGCAAUUCAGACCAUUGUUAAAAAACAGAGGAGGCGCCUCCUGACCACCCACGCCAUGGCAGAGGCCGUGUGUGACGGAGUGGCCAUCAUGGUGUCCAGAAGGCUGAGGUGUAUUGGAUCCAUUCAACAUCUGAAAAGAAAGUUUGGUAAAGAUUAUUUUCUAGAAAUAAAAAUGAAGGACCCGACUCGAGUGGAGCCUCUCCACACAGAGAUUCUGAAGCUCUUUCCACAGGCUACUCAGCAGGAAAGAUAUUCCUCCAUGAUAGUGUCUAAAUUACCUGUGGAAGACGUUCACCCUCUAUCUUGGGCCUUUUUCAAAUUAGAGGCAGUGAAACAGACCUUUGAUAUGGAAGAAUACAGCCUCUCUCAGGCUACCUUGGAACAGGUAUUCUUAGAACUCUCUAAAGAACAGGAGCUGGGAAGUUUUGAUGAUCAAGUUGAUACAACAGUUAGAUGGAAACUCCUCCCACAGGAAGAGGCUUAA